AUGCGUCCCCCAACCUUUACAGCUUCAGUCGUCACUUUGGCUGUCUAUGCGACAGCGAGCGUCAUUCCUGAACGUCGCGAUGAACCUUUUGCAGGUUAUCUCAUGACCGGAUUUUUCCACAAUUCACACAAUAUCGAGCAAUUUCUUUCCGUUGGAAAUGACCCUAUCAACUUCAAACAGUUGAAUCAGGGCAAAUCGAUCCUCAACUCUGAUAUUGGCACCGGUCGCAUCAGGGAUCCAUAUCUUGCCACCAAUUCUGAUCGAUCGGUCCUUUACUUGAUUGCAACCGUGUCUAAAUUCACAAUACUAAUACCCACUAUGGAUCUUGACAUUACCGUGCCUGGCUUUAGCUGGGACACGGCUACCAGGAACGGAAGUCUGGGAAUAGUGGUCUGGACAUCGCCCAACCUGGCGGACUGGAGUGGUCCGUACCUCCCGACUGUCGAAAUACCUGACGCAGGAAUGGUCUGGGCUCCUUCGGCAGUUUAUGACGAGACGAAGGGAGGUUGGGAUGUCUUUUGGUCUUCAAACUUCUACGAUAACCCCGCCCACUCCGGGUGGGCAACCUACACUCGGAUUCGCACGAGCUUUACCACAGAUUUUGCCACGUUUUCGUCCCCUAGGGACUACAUAUCUUUUGCCGACACUUCUGUCAUAGACCAAGAGUUCCAAUAUCUGGGCUCUACUGGAAACUACGUUCGGUUCUUGAAGAACGUCACAACCAGCCAAAUUUUCGCAGAAAAGACCACCACUGGCAUGUUUGGGACAUGGGACCGCAUCCUAGGCAAUACGCGCGAGGAAAGUCCACGCGAGGGUGCCUUGGCCUACAAAGACAACGUGGUUACAGACAAGUACUAUCUGUGGGUUGACGACUACAUUCAGUAUAUCGCCUACGAAACCACUGAUAUUCUGAACAAUGCUUGGGAGCCGACAAGUCCCAGUGGGAUCCCCCCAUCCAUCAAGCAUGGAUCGGUCUUUUCAGUCACUCAGGCUGAGUAUGACCUCCUGCUUGCAAAGUACCCAUUCUAG